AUGUCUACAAUCCCGCGCAGAUCAAACUCUACCAAUCCCCGUCCAGGGAGCUCUGCCUUCCCCAGAGUCCCCAGGAGCAAGCUUGCGCCCCAGCCAUUAGACCUCAAGCGCUCAAACACCACAGCUGGAACCCAGUCAUCUCAACCUCAACAGGAACAGACGUCAAGGUCAACCCCCUACUCGUCAUCAGCCAGGGAACGCAUCGACCCCAGAGCACCCCUCUCACCCAUCCCAUCCUCCGCCGGCUCCCGCUCAACACCAUACUCCUCCAACCUAAAAGAGCGAACCGACCUCCGCUCUUUCGCAGCCCCCCGACCCCUCCAAACAGCCCAAUCACUCAACCGAAGGCCCUCUAACGCCACAGAAACCACCACAGGCCAUAGGCGACGUCCCUCUCUAGGAGGGGAGUCGAUCGGCCAAUUCGCCUCCAGCCGGCGCCCUUCCGCUUCUCAACAACAGCAGUCCAGUAACACCCCCCCACCGAGACCCUCGGCAGCAACCCAUACUCGUCGCCCCUCUGGACCAACCUACCAGCCCCAACCACAACGGCACAAUCUUCGUCCUUCAGCACAGCAACAAAAUCAUGAGCGGAGGGAUGCCGGUGGAGGAGGGGUAGGGGGCAGACCGCCGAUAACCCAGCAGGUGGACCAGGCGACAAAGACGCAGAUUAACCAGAGUUAUGCGGUUACUAUGAUGGCUAGUCCGUAUAACCCUUUGCCGUUCUUUUUGCCGAUUCCUUUGGGGAUUGCGAUGCUUCUGACGCCGAGCGGGAAGGAUGUGAGGGGGGCGGGGCCGGCGCCGAUGAGAGCUGGGACUGUGGGUGGGAGGCGGUGA